UUGAAAACGGAGAAAACACACGGAUCGCGAAUCAUAUCCGUUCGAUCAAACCACCAACACCACUAUAAAUAGCCCCUCACAUCACGUUCCUUCAAAACUUUAGAUUCGUCUUUCAAGUUCCCGAGAAGAAACAAGUUCAAAUUCCUUCGACGUAGAGAUGGCUCGUACCAAGCAAACUGCUCGUAAGUCAACUGGUGGAAAGGCUCCAAGGAAGCAGCUGGCAACUAAGGCUGCACGUAAGUCUGCACCAACUACUGGUGGUGUGAAGAAGCCUCAUCGUUACCGUCCUGGAACUGUUGCUCUUCGUGAGAUUAGGAAGUACCAGAAGAGUACUGAGCUGCUGAUCAGGAAGCUCCCCUUCCAGAGGCUGGUUCGUGAGAUUGCUCAGGAUUUCAAGACUGAUCUCCGUUUCCAGAGUCAUGCUGUGCUUGCAUUGCAAGAGGCUGCUGAGGCAUACCUUGUUGGACUGUUUGAGGACACCAACCUGUGUGCCAUUCACGCCAAGCGUGUCACUAUCAUGCCCAAGGAUAUCCAGCUGGCUAGGAGGAUCCGUGGAGAGCGCGCUUAAGGUGUGGCUGGGUUCGGUGCUGUGGCUGCGGAUGGUGUUUGUUAGGGAAUAGGUGUUUACUGGUAGUGUUUAAUUGUGAUAGGAGUAUACUGCUAUGGAUUUGUGAAGGUCUUAUUUUUAAGGAUUUGGAAGUAAUUGUUCUUUAGCGUUUUGAUUGUGUCAAAUGUUUGUUUCUUAUGGAUUGGCAGCCACUUGGGAAUGUAUUGGACAACUUAUUGUUGCCAUCUAAUCUAGUGAUGCUUAGCUUAUUUUGUUUUGAA